GCCAUUAGGCUCCUGCACCUUGACCAUGGGCCAAUUCUUGAAAUCUGAUUGGUUGGCGCAGCGAAGAUCCGGGACCAGGCUGUGAUUGGUCGCCCCGCUGGAGGUGGGACCUCCGCCGUCAUGUUGUCCCCGGUCCCGAAGAGGCCGUGCUCCCGCCUUUCUCUCCGAGCUCGGGGCGGCCUCAACCCCCCGGCCCCGGCCCCGGCCCCGGCCCCGAUCCCGACAGCGCCAGAAACACGGACUGGUGCCUGCGGCGCUGACCGCAGAAGCGGCCGCCUUCCAUGCAGACUCUCGAGGCGGCAUCGGAGAGCGGCCCCGGCCCCGGCCCCUGACCCCGGGGAGGGAGCGGCCCCGGCCCCUGACCCUGCCCCCGCCCCCGGGGAGGGAGCGGCCACGGCCCCGGCCCCUGACCCUGCCCCCGACCCCGGGGAGGGAGCGGGUCCGGGGAAGGGCAGGCCUCCGGUCCCUUACUACCUGAGCAAUUUCCUGCUGGUGAUGGAAGCGGUUCUGGGGAGUGAAGAUAAAGAGCUUUUCAAUGAAGACGAUAAUUACUGGCUGGGAACAUUCCAGAAACUCUCAGUUACUGGCCAAAAGCUCUAUGUGCGACUCUUUCAACGGAAGCUGAAUUGGUUGAAAGUGACUAAACUGAAUUAUCCUGAUAUUGGUAUGGAUCUGACCCCCACCAUUGAGGAACUGAGCCUUGCAGGCUUGUUACUGACAGAGUCAGAUUUAUGCAAUGUCUCAGAGGCCCUGAACCUGCUAUCUGCUCCUGAACUCAAACUAAUGGCGAGAAGCUUCCACCUGCGAUCCCAGGGUCAGAGGGCAGAAAUAUUGGAGUCUCUGCUACAUUUGGCCAAGCAACAAUCAAUCUUCAGCUGCAGUCAGAAGCCAUCAAGUCCUGGCCUCGCCAUUCUCAACAGGGUGAAGAAGAUGGUCGGAAAUUGUGUGAAAAUUGCUGCUCCAGCCCGUGCUGUGUUCUCACGGCUAUUACUACUUUUCAAUCUGACGGACUGCACAGAUGAAGAGGAAGCUUCCUGUGCUGGCCAGAAUCAGCUGUCCACUGUGCUCAUGGUCAACAUGGGUCAUGUCACCUUCCCUAGUUACACUGUGCUGAGGGAGAAGAAAAUAUUCCAGCACAGAGAUGACCUGCUCAGAUAUAAUGAAGCCGUGCAUUCUCUGGCCGAGGUAAUCACCGCGAUGACCAGUGGGUUUUGGAGUGAUGCUCUCCAGAUUUGUAAAACCGCCAAGGAGAAAUGGAGCCAGCUGGAGAACAACAGUGACAUCAGGUUUCACCAGCAGCUCCCAGUGUAUCUGCGACGUUUCACUGCAGGCUGGGUCUACACACGGAUCAAAACCUAUGGGGUUGAAAUUUUACAACGACUGCACAUGUAUGAGGAAGCAGUGGAGGAACUGCAAAAUCUUUUGGAACAAAGCAUCUAUUGUCCAAGCAGCCGUGGCUACUGGUGGAAUCGACUGAGUCUGAAUCUCCAUCAGCAUCUGAAGCAGACUGAUCAAGCAAUCCACUGUUUGCGGAAAGGAUUGGAUGAUGUCUCAGUUCACAUGGGCCAUCGGCUGGCUUUAUAUCAGCGUGCAGUACGGAUUCGUGACUCCCCAAGCUACAAGAAAUGGCAUCACCUUCUUCAGAAUCUGCCAGUAGUGAGAGUACAGGAUGUGCCACAUGUGACGAUAAAGGGCAGGUUAUGCCCAGGGAUGGGCAAUGCUUUAUUCCUAAUGGAGAACACCAGUGAAGGACCAAGUUUGGGCCAAGGGGAGUCUUGCAGUACCAUUAUCUGUUCAGUGGAGGAGGUUUCUCUGGCCUACUAUCGGCAGCAAGGUUUUGAUCAGGGAAUACAUGGUGAAGGAACCACAUUCUUAACACUCUUUGGACUUCUCUUCUGGGACAUUAUCUUUCAGUCUGGAAUCCCAGAUGUUUUCCGAAAUCCCUAUCAGGCAUGUCCUCUGGAUCUCUACACUGAUUGUUUUUAUCAGCAACGGAGGGAAUGCAUUGAGUCACGGGUAAAUUUUCUGAAAAAUGCAUCCAAAGAGACCCUCUGCACACUCAUCGCUGAUGUAUGGAAUGGUCACAGAGACAUAAAUGCCACAUUAGUUAACUGGGAAAUCUUCAGCUCGCUUCAGCAGACUCAGAGCCUGGUGAGCUGUCUGGGUGGUCCAUUCCUAAGUGGUAUUUGUAGGAUUCUGGCCAAAGAUUUGAGGAAUGGCAGUGCGGGUCUCCCUGAUCUUGUCAUAUGGAACAGCCACAGCUGCCAGUACAAGCUUGCAGAAGUGAAAGGUCCAAGUGACCAACUCUCUCACAAACAGAUGGUGUGGCUGGACCAGCUGCAACGACUUGAGGCUGACGUCGAAGUUUGCCAUGUCAAUGCAGUCGGUGCAAGGAGCCACCAGCUCAGUUAAUGCCAAUUGCAUAACCCAACUUCUCACUGAAGCUACAGUCCAGGAGGACAACCAUGCUACAUCACUCCCUGCAGUGAUACACCCAGCUGGAAAUAGCUAUAUGGAUGUGACACUAGUGAGUGACUGAAACUAGCUGUCUUCCAAUGUUGCUGCUGUCUAUGAUACUCUAAAAUAGCCCAACUCUUCACCGAUUUGUACUCCUGUUGCCAAACUGCUCAUAGAAAGAACAUGCACUUAUUAAUAUUGAUAUUACAAAGUGAGACAGCAGGAAGUAGACUAUUUCCUUCUUUACAGAAGUUUUUUUAUUUCUAGUUUCCAUCAUUUGCACUGUUAGCAAGUUUUAAUAAUUGUACAAGCAGCUCUGGAAAUGUAUUUUCAAAAUACAUUAAAUAUUUCUUACUGUG